AGGAGAGGACAGGAGGGGGGGAGUGAAGCAAAGCCAAGCACGGGCGCAGCUACGAACAACAAGGAGAGAGUCGUGGAGGGAUUAUCGCUGAACGGUGCUUGUCUGCGUGAGAUAUGGUGGCGGACAAACGCGCCCGCGCCGUCCGCCCGCCGCAGCGUCGUUGGCUCACGAGCGCCCGGGUCGGUGUGACGCUCCGCUAGUGUUUUCCCGACGUUAGCCGCCGCGGCUAGCUAACCGCCGCCGCUGACUUCACACAACUUGUCAACAGCCGAUCGAUCCCGGACGGGACUCUGGACUGUUUCCACGGCGUGUUUAUCCGGGCGCCCGGCGACCUUUUCGUAGCGUAAAAUCCGCCUGAAUCAGCAGCACUGUGGGGAGAGUGGAGCUAUGAUGGAAACGUGACAGAAAGGGAGUCGCUGAGUCAGCUUCAACGGGAACCAUGGAGGGGUUUCAGCAACCCGCUGCAGAGCUGCACGAGAGGGUGAACGGCUACUGUCAGCCAAAGUCGCCCCAGGAAGUGGAGAGGGACUCAGGGGGUUCAGACAGCUGUGGUGCCACAAGCGUGUCAGAGCUUACAGACCUGCAAGAGUUGAAGGCCAGGGAGAGCGAGGAUGAGGACGAUAAGAAGAAGACAACGAAGGAUGUGGUCCCUGCCUCCAAAGGCCUUAAAAGGGACCAGAAGAGAAAAGAGAAGGAGAAUCUGUGCGAGGAGGAAAACAAUCACAGCAAGCAAAACAACAGCGCAGCGUCCAGCUACACCGAUCUGUCCCAUACCUCAUCUCCCUCGCUAUCGGAACAGCUGCGUCUUGGCCGAGAAGACAAUACAGGGGCUGGGAUCAGUGUAGAGUGUAAGGUGUGUGGGGACAAGGCCUCUGGGUUCCACUAUGGCGUGCAUGCCUGUGAGGGUUGCAAGGGCUUUUUCCGGCGAACUGUGCGAAUGAAACUGGAAUACGAGCGCUGUGAGCGCUCCUGCAAGAUCCAGAAGAAGAAUCGAAACAAGUGCCAAUAUUGUCGCUUCCAGAAGUGCCUGUCUUUGGGAAUGUCCCAUGAUGCGAUCAGAUAUGGACGUAUGCCUGAGGCGGAACGGAAGAAGCUGGUGGCAGGCCUGCUUGCAGAGGAGCAGAAACUUGGAAAACCAGGUGGUUCAGACCUCAAGACUUUGGCCAAACAAGUAAACACAGCAUACUUGAAGAACCUCAGUAUGACCAAGAAAAGGGCCCGAAGUAUCCUAAUGGGCAAAACUAGCAGCACAGCACCAUUUGUGAUCUAUGACGUGGACACUCUCUGGAAGGCAGAAAGUGGUGUGGUUUGGAGCCAGCUAGUUCCAGGUGCUCCCCUGACCAAGGAGAUUGGAGUCCACGUGUUCUACCGCUGCCAGUGCACUACGGUGGAGACUGUACGAGAGCUCACCGAAUUUGCCAAGUGCAUUCCAGGCUUUGUGGACCUCUUUCUCAAUGACCAGGUGACAUUACUGAAGUACGGUGUGCACGAGGCUAUUUUUGCCAUGCUGCCGUCUCUCAUGAACAAAGAUGGACUGUUGGUGGCUAAUGGUAAAGGCUUCGUGACAAGAGAAUUUCUGCGCAGCUUAAGAAAGCCCUUCAGUGAGAUCAUGGAGCCCAAGUUUGAGUUUGCUGUCAAGUUUAAUGCGCUUGAGCUGGAUGACAGUGACCUGGCCCUGUUUGUUGCUGCCAUUAUUCUCUGUGGAGAUCGCCCCGGGCUCAUGAACGUGAAGCAGGUGGAGCAGAGUCAGGACAAUAUUCUGCAGGCCCUGGACCUCCACCUCCAAGCUAAUCACUCUGACUCUGUCUACCUCUUCCCCAAGCUGCUGCAGAAGAUGGCGGACCUCCGUCAGCUGGUUACUGAGAACGCUCAGCUCGUCCAAAAGAUCAAAAAAACUGAGUCGGAGACUUCGCUCCAUCCUCUACUACAGGAGAUCUAUAAAGACAUGUACUAGUAUUCUUCAGCACAGACUGCUUUCAGCAAUACUGUUACAGACUAAAUUUACCUUUGUAAUAAUACACUGCAUUCAGUACAAGCACUGUUCCGCAUACGGGCGUGGGUUUCAACGUGCAGAUGAAGCAAAGUCGUGCGGUAGGGCUAACACAAUCAGCAAAGUCUUUACCAUGUCAGCAUUACCCCAUCACAGUAGAGUGUGUGUCUGUGUGUGCGAGAGUGUGUGUGUGAUGAGCAUCUGGAAACAUUUGCUGCGAGUCCUGGCUUCCCACAUCGGCCACUUAACUGAGAAAAUGACAUGUUUUCUCACCAACGCUGCUCCUAUUUCAUCCUAAUAGCAAAGCUGACCCCAGAGCAGCAUGUAGAGAGCGCUGCUCCCCGCUCACCUCAGCCGGGUCUCGCUGUAAAGGGAAAGCUUUUCACGUUCACAUGCCAACGGCGAAGAUGAAGUAGAACAACCUGUCGGUUGUUCCUGUGCAAGUUCCACAUGCCAACGCCAGUGUCAGGUGGAGCGAUUACGCUGUGACGAUGCACAAUUUAGGUUUGUUUACAGCUUCAUCAUCAUCAUCAUCAUCAACAACGGUCACUCUCUUUGCCAUAUGGUUAAAUGAACACAAACUGGGCUGGCUCCAGCAGUGUAGAGCUGUGCAAUACCUUUUCCAUUUGUCCAAGUCCUUCUAGGUUUUGCUCUAAAGCCAUCUGCCCCUGUGGGAACCUACAGACGAUGCUGCACAGAUUCUAUGUCUGAAACUGACACUAUAAACACGUGACCUGUUAAAGUACAAGGGACAGCAUGUUUUUCUUCGGCUGACAUGCGGAUGAGCUUAGUUUAUGCUGAAUAAUGACGUUUCUAAUUAUUUGUAAUUGUCGAUCAUAUUUCUAAGGGCAAACACAAAUUCUCAUCUUGUUUUUAUGUUUUAACUAUAUGAUUUUUGUAUGACAUGUCUGCAUAUUUAGCUUAGGAGGAACCAAAUAUAUUGUCAAGAAAAUUACCAAACUUUUACCUAAUGAAGAAUUUGGAUAUAAGGCCUUAAUAGGAGUUGUCUCAAAACCAACCAGCAUAUUGUACCAUAAUUUCAGCAUUGGCAAAACUGAUGAUGGUUAGAAAUUAACGUCCAGAAGUGGAGUCAUGGGACAUUUCUGUGUUCAGAGAGGAUAUCACCACGGUCCUAGAUGAUGAUUCCUUUUGUGUAACAUCUGCUCUGUCUUGCAUGGAGAGAAACUGGAUGUAACCGCCUUACAAUACUGUAGCAAGAACUCAUAAAUUUCCAAGUGUUUUCUUCCUAAUCUGUAGAUGUUUUGUCGCUGUACUUGUUCUGAAUGGACUUCCUGGUGUCAGCACCGGCGCCCCAGUCCACCUUCAGAGGUCUCCUCCCCGGCUCUUACUCUGUCUCGAUCCCUAUCUACCUCUGCUGUGUAAUCUGUGACAUUAUUCCACUGUCUCAAUUAAUCUGACGUGUUUUGUUGGUUUUUUGCCUUAAUUCCUUGCUUCUGAUACACGUUGCAACACUGACAUUGUGGCGUAACCAAGCCAGCAAAGCGCGUGUGGAUGGAUAAAGCAAGAAAGCAUACCAAAAACCUUGAUGUAAGCUACCUCUAUGCCUGUGAGCGAUGGAUGGACAGAUUUGUUCACACAAACACGUAAAGACUUGAAAUCAUUUCGUCCUCACAGUUACAUGUAACCCAGACCUUAGUUUAGUCUCACCUCACCUAUAAACUUUAUUAUAAAUACUCA